AUGGGCAGCAUCAUUCAAAAGGGACAAGGGACAGCAUCAUUCAAACGAACGAUGGUCAGUAUCAUUCGAAAGAACGAUGGGCAGCAACAUUCAAAAGAGACAAGGUACAGCAUCAUUCAAAAGGGACAAGGGACAGCAUCAUUCAAACGAACGAUGGUCAGAAUCAUUCAAACGAACGAUAGUCAGCAUGAUUCGUACGAACGAUGGGCAGCAUCAUUCAAAAGGGACAAGGUACAGAAUCAUUCAAAAGGGACAAGUGACAGCAUCAUUCAAACAAACGAUGGGCAGCAUCAUUCAAAAGGUACAAGGGACAGCAUCAUUCAAACGAACGAUGGUCAGCAUCAUUCAAAAGAGACAAGGGAGAGUAUCAUUCAAAAAGGGACAAGGGACAUUAUCAUUCAAACGAACCAUGGGCAGCAUCAUUUAAAAGGGACAAGGGACAGCAUCAUUCAAACAACGAUGGGCAGUAUCAUUCAAAAGGGACCAGGGACAGCAUCAUUCAAAAGGGACAAGGGACAGAAUCAUUCAAAAGGUAACAGGGACAGCACUAUUCAUACGAACGAUGGACAGCAUCAUUCAAACGAACGAUGGUCAGCAUCAUUCAAAAGUGACAAGGCACAGCAUCAUUCAAAAAAACGAUGGGCAGCAUCAUUCAAAAGGGACAAGAGACAGCAACAUUCAAAAGAGACAAGGGACAGCAUCAUUCAAAAGGGACAAGGGACUGCAUCAUUCCAACGAACAAUGGGCAGCAUCAUUCAAGAACUGACAAGGUACAGCAUCAUUCAAAUGGGACAAGGGACUGCAUCAUUCCAACGAACAAUGGGACGCAUGAUUCAAAAUGGACACAGGACAGCAUCAUUCAAACGAACAAUGGGCAGCAUCAUUCAAAAGGGACAAGUGACAGCAUCAUUCAAAAGGGACAAGGGACAGCAUCAUUCAAACGAACGAUGGUCAGCAUCAUUCAAAAGAAACAAGGGAGAGUAUCAUUCAAAAUGGACAAGGGACAGCAUCAUUCAAACGAACGAUGGUCAGAAUCAUUCAAAUGAACGAUGGGCAGCAUCAUUCAAAAGAGACAACGGACAGCAUCAUUCAAAAGGGAAAAGGGACAGCAACAUUCAAACGAACGACGGGCAGCAUCAUUCAAAAGGGACAGCAUCAUUCAAAAGGGACAAGGGACAGUAUCAUUCAAACGAACAAUGGGCAGCAUCAUUCAAAAGGGGCAAGGGACAUUAG